AUGGCUAAACAAAAGAUUGCAGUUGUUGGUGCUGGGUUGAUUGGCCUCUCAACAGCAGUGUACAUUUCAGAAUCUAUCUCCAAGUGCUCUGUGACUGUAAUUUCGGACAAAUUUACUCCCAACACAACGAGCGAUGUAGCAGCUGGAAUGCUUAUUCCACACACUUAUCAAGGCAUACCAAUUCAUCAGCAGAAGCAGUGGUUUAGGGAGACCUUCGACUAUCUUUUUGAAAUCAAUAAUUCAUCGGAGGCUUCAGAUGCUGGCAUUAAUCUGGUGUCUGGCUGGCAGAUCUUUAAAACCAUUCCUGAUGAAGUGCUACCAUUCUGGUCUGAUGUUGUCCUGGGAUUUCGCUCAAUGACUGAAGAGGAGCUGAAGAAAUUUCCACAGCACAGAUUUGGUCAGGCUUUUACUACACUGAAAUGUGACUGCCCGUCCUAUCUGCUAUGGUUGGAGAAAAGGUUGAAAGGAAAUGGCAGCCAGGUGUAUGCUAGACGAAUCGAAGAUCUGUGGGAACUACAUAGCAAAUAUGACAUCGUUGUCAACUGUUCAGGCAUUGGAUCCAGAGAACUCAUGGGUGACUUGGAGAUAUACCCUGUCAGAGGUCAAGUACUCAAGGUCGAUGCUCCUUGGGUGAAUCACUUCAUCCGGGAUGGGGAUGGUUUAACCUACAUCUAUCCAGGAAUACACAAUGUAACAUUAGGUGGGACAAGGCAAAAGGACAACUGGAGCUUGUCCCCAGAUCCUAGAAGUAGCAAAGACAUAUUUGACAGAUGUUGUGCUCUUGAACCCUCACUUCAAAGAGCCCAGGACAUAAAGGUGAGGGUGGGUCUGAGGCCAUCCAGGUUAGCUGUGAGACUGCAGAAAGAGAUACUGGUCCAUGAUGGGAAAAAACUGCCCGUGGUCCACAACUAUGGACAUGGUUCGGGUGGCUUUUCAGUGCACAGGGGCACUGCUAAAGAGGCUGCUCGACUGGUGGGAGAAUGCAUUGCUGCUCUGGAAGGCUCCUCUUUGAAGGCAAAGUUAUAA